AUGGCGAAGUUGAUGAAAUACAAAGAUAUAGUGCCCAUAGGCACGUCCCUUAUCGUGGCAUCGACAUCGUUUGCCCUCGGGAUAAUCUACGGCAACUGGCCCUACGACUUGAACACAUUGUGGAGACACACCGAUGCCUCAGGGUUCAGCAAGUCGCUAGUCCACUAUCAGACAUGGGGCGAAUCACCAAUGUACAUCCACUACACCUUGCACGCCGUCGGCGUCUUGGGAUUGAUUGGCCAUUUCAUCAAAUUGUACAAGCCCGAUGAAGAUGCCAAGUAUUUCGAGUACGGCUCGUUGGGCUUGUUCAUGGUGGGCGUGAUUAUCUACUUGACUAAUCUUAGAACGGGGGUCGCCUCUUGCAUAACGGGACAAUGGGGCGAGGUCGACUUCGAGACUGGCAUCAACGUCAUGGCGGCCUCGCAGAUCAUGAUUGUGUUUGUCUUUGUUGGAGUGUUGGUUUUACAAGGCGGAUUAUACUAUGCGCAGUGGUAUGACCACCAGUUGAAGUUGGAAUUCUACGAGAAUGAGGCGAAGGAGGCUGCGGCUGCCGCUGAGGCCCAGGCCAAAGAGGAAGAGAAGUUGGCUAGGAAGGUCAAGGGCAAGGGCAAGAAAGCUGCUGGGGCUGGGGUAGAGGUGGAAGCUGAGAUUGACGAAGAUGAUGUCGAUGUUGUUGAAGCUGGCGACGGCGCAACUGGUUCCAAGAAGAAAUCAACAGGUGCUAAAAAGAGAAAGUCUUGA